CGAGCAUCGGACACCUUCAGCACAACAAAGCAUGUGUCGCUCCGCAACAUUGUUUCUCCUCUGAACGUGCGGAAUAUAGGAUUUUUGUCGGAUUUUGUCGCUCUUUGCUUUCCGAUUGAUGCUAAUCCUAGAGUAGUGGCUACCAUGACAACAGAAGCAAGUGCAGUGAGCGAGGCGGACACUGAGGGCAAGCAGAAGGCCAGUGGCGCCGAGCCCGAAACCGAACCAGCGAACAAGCAGAAACCGGAGGCACCCGCGUCCCAGUCGGAGGGGGAGCCAUCGGGCAAGAAAGCCCAGGAGCAGGCCUCUGAGCCUGGGCCUGCUGACGUAGCUACCUCCCCUGAGGAGGAGCAGCUGAAGCCCCGCACCCGGACCUCCGCUGGCAAAGGCCUGUCUCGCCUUUUCUCCUCUUUCCUCAAACGCCGCUCGCAGUGUUCCGAGGGAGAGGGGUUUGAAGCAGAGAAAGCCGGGGAGGAAAAAGCAGACAAAGAGGAAAAAGCUGAAGAGGAGAAGAAGGAAAAGAAGGAAGAAGUGAAAAGUGAAGUGAAGGAGGCUAAAGUAGUAGUGGAGGAAACAUCUGAAGUAAAAGAAGUGAAAAAGAAGGAAGAAAAAGUAGAACAAAAAGAGGAGAAAAAGAAAGAGGAAGAAAAAGUUGAGAAGAAAGGCAGUAAAAAGAAAAAAAAAGAAGCCAAGAAGAAAGAAGAGAAA